UGGCCUGCUGCAGAAACGUUUUAAUAUCGUUAACUUUUGGAAGAUUUCACGAUGCUUUGGCGGUGCGUUAUCUGCUGCGUUUUUAUAACUUUUUCACUGAAAUUAUUAUUGAGCCAUAUUAAUCGACUGCACAGUCGCAGCUCUGACUUCAGGUUGCUCUGUGGCAUUGAUGGAUGCACUGAGGAAUAUAGAGUGUACAACUCAUUCUACCAUCAUGUAAAGAGAAGACACUUUCAACAUCUUCUUGAAGACACCAGACCUGGCGACGCCACACGUGGAGAUGAAAACCGACAGGAGGAAACCCAAGGACCGCAGCAAAAAGACAACAUUCAACCCGAUCAGCUUCCAGCCGACUCCAGCAGCAAGGAUCAGAACCUUCACACACCUGACUCAGUUGAAGAGCAAAUGGGCAUCGACCAAGAUGGAGCUGUCACAGUGCACCAAGAUCUGACAACACAUGCCACUGCCUUUGUUAUCAAUGCCCGAUCCAAGCAUCGUCUGUCACAGAAAGGCAUGAAUGACAUUGUUGCUGGGGUACAGCAGUAUCAAUCAUCACUAUUGGACAACCUCAGGACGCAGAUGAAGGAAGUUCUAAAGAAGAAUUCAGGAAGUACAACCAAUCAACUUGGAAAAGAUGCAAUGGAUAUAUUUGACAGUUUCAUUGACCCCUUUGCUAACGUUUCAACAACAUUUCGCCAGAACAGUGUUAUUAGGAAGCAGUUUUGUUGUGUGGAUGCAGAGGAAAUUCCAAUUGCUCGAACCAUAUGCAGGAAGAAACGUGGAGGAUCAACAGAUUUUGUCAUCAAAGACAAAUUAUUUUAUUAUGUACCAUUAGUCAAAAGUGUAGAGCAGUUCCUAUUACAUCCGAGGAUUUUGACUAUGAUUGAAGAGGUACCCCAGAGGUGCAGUGAAGGUUUUUUUCAUGACCUUGUUGAUGGUUCUCUUUUAAAAUCUCAUCCCUUAUUUUCAGAGAAACCAAAUGCACUGCAGAUUAUUCUGUAUACAGACGAAAUAGAGAUCUGUAAUCCACUAGGAUCCUUUUCAUCAAAGAACAAGUUGUUAAUGGUGUACUACACCCUAGGAAAUAUAAAUCCAAAAUACAGGUCUAAGCUGGCUGCUAUUAGGCUACUUGCGAUGGCUAAAUCAGCAGACCUCCGUCAAUCUGGUGAAGAUGUAAUAUUGAAUAGAAUAAAGGAAGACAUGGAUGCAUUGUACAGUGGUGUUAAAAUUCAAACUAUUAACGGGGAGAAAACAAUACAUGGUGCUAUGGUUUCUCUCUGUGGUGACACCCUGGCACAGCAUGAACUCGCAGGGUUCAAAGAAGGAGUGGGCUUUGCUUACAGUAAGUGCAGACACUGUGAGUGUUCUUUUGAGGACAUGCAGUCACAAUUCAACGAGGAUGCAUAUAUUAAAAGAACAUUGGAGAAUCAUGUCAGACAGUGUGAUGAAAUAGAAAUGGCUAACACAGACUUGCUUCGCAACAGCCUUAGAACAACAUAUGGGAUCAAUCGAAGGAGCAAGUUAGUUGACUUCCCAUCCUUUGAUAUUAUUCGGCAAACCCCGCAAGACAUUAUGCAUGUCAUUCUUGAGGGUAUAGCUCCUCUGGAAAUUAAAUGUGUUUUGAAUCAUCUUGUUCAGUCAGGAGAGUUAAAUCUGGACUCUGAAUUCAGCUAUUCUUGGUUUCCCUUAUUCGCCUCUAGAUGUUAG